AAUUGACAUCCGGUAAGAAGUGUUUUGACAGUGGACAGUGGACAUUUUAGUUCUUUUUCAAAAGUCGUGUGUAGGGAAGUGUCACACGAUUUAUAUCUAAAUAGUUUUUUACUAAUCCUUCCAAGAUGUCUAUAAGACCCGUAUACCGACCGAAAAUAGUGAAAAAGAGGACUAAGAAGUUUAUUAGGCAUCAGUCUGAUAGAUAUGGAAAACUAAAGCGCAACUGGCGUAAACCAAAGGGUAUUGACAAUAGAGUAAGGAGGAGAUUCAAGGGACAAUAUUUGAUGCCAAAUAUUGGUUAUGGAUCGGCCGCUAAAACUAGACACAUGUUGCCUACAGGUUUUAGGAAAGUGUUGGUUCAUAAUGUGAAGGAACUAGAAGUUCUUCUCAUGCAAAAUCGUAAGUACUGUGCAGAAAUUGCCCAUGGGGUUUCAUCCAAAAAACGUAAAGACAUUGUUGAACGUGCUCAACAAUUAAGCAUUAGGGUGACAAAUGGACAUGCAAGACUGCGCAGCCAAGAAAAUGAAUAAGUGUAAAAUAUAUUUGUUUAAUAAAAAAAGUACAAAAUGAAAAUCAUUGUU